AGUGAGGCUGCCCGUAAUAAAGUUGGCUGCCAUCUCCCACUGUUUUCAGGGAAGCUGGGGCCAUGCUCUCAGGAGUCACCGCGGUGCCUCGCUAUGGUCCAGGGGGCUAGACGGGCCAUGCCCGGAACUGUGAGGCGCAACAGAGACACUGGGAAAGGAUGUUCCAGGCCUUCACGGCCCUCUGUUGGAAGCUGCUGACUGGCUGUUCUGUUGCAUCCUGCCCUAGGAAACAGUCUUGAGAGGAAAAGAACAGCAAAUAUUCGACCUCCCAGCUUGCCCAGAAGAGUAGCCAUUUUGGAAACCAGUGAGAUUUGGUCCUCCAGCAGCUAGAAGGACUGGGAGCCAGCAGCAACCAAUCAAGGCCCACCAGACUGAAAUAAAAGAAGCUGCCUAUUAUCAGCAAGUCAGUUUGUGGCUUGAGCCAGAGAAGUGAGGAAGGAUGUUCCCUAGACUAUUACUAAAGUGCCCUGGUCUGGUCCCAGGCUAUAAUCAGUGGCAGGAAUUCAGAGGGAAUCCUGCUGACCCAAUUCAGGAGAGGAAAUUUAGCUCCAAAGGGUAAGAAACUGUUUUGUUUAUAGUUGGUCCAGAAUGGCAAGGAACUGUACCCUGGAAAGGUUUUGGACUGUGUGAUCCGGCCAGUGGGCUGAGCCACAGAAGACCUGCAGAAGUAGGCUGAUGGCCUACUGGGAGCUGAAGAAUGGGAGUACUAUGUCUGGACCCAAGGUGGUGCUCAGAGGCUUUGAGCUUCCUCCCAUUGGAAGUCAGUGGCAAAAGUCCCCAUCAGCAUCAGUGGAAGUAGGAUGAGACCUUACUCCAACAUGGACUCUAUCCAAGGUCCCAGUCCUCCAAUCAGAUCAGUGCAAGCCAACUUUGAACCCAUUUGGAGCUUCAUUUACUUCAGCUGGACUUCAUGUGGCUAUAAGUGGCUGCCCAGGGAUCCAGUUGCAGGAUCUAGUGCCAAAGGCACCAUCACACAGUGUAAUGUUCCAGAGGCUGAAUAAUAUGUUUGUGGGAGAGAUCAAUAACUUGUCCAGCCAAGAGCCAGAGUUCAGUGAAAAAGAAGAUGAUGAAUGGAUUCUGGUUGACUUUAUAGACACUUGCACUAACUUUUCAACAGAAGAAGCAGACAUCAGUGAAACAUCAGCUGCUGACCACUCCCCAGUCUUUUCUUGUUUACCAACUUCCUUAGAGUGUUUGGCUGAUGCCAGCGAGUCUUGCUUCAUCCAGUUUGACUCAUGUCCCAUGGAGGAGAGCUGGUUUAUUACCCCUCCCCCAUGUUUUACUGCAGGUGGAUUAACCACUAUCAAGGUGGAAACCAGUCCUAUGGAGAAUCUUCUAAUUGAACAUCCCAGCAUGUCUGUAUAUGCUGUCCAUAAUACCUGUCACAGUCUAAAUGAGACUAGCUGUGGAGAUGAGGAGUUUCAUAAUCCAAGUAGUCCAAGAAUGGAAGCGCGAAAUGAAAUGGGGCAGCAUAUUCAUUGCUACGUUGCCACUCUUGCCGCUCACUCAAGUUUUCUGGAACAAACCAAGAGUUUUCGUCCAACUCAGUGGAUAAAAGAACAUAAUGAAAGACCCCAUCUCAACAGAAACAGUCUCCGUCGCCAAAAUCUUACCAGGGAUUGCCACUCUCGGCAAAUCAAGCACAAUGGAUUGUUUGUUCACCAGCCUUGCCAGCGUCAGUACAAUUACUGAAAGCUUUUGAGGUUUUAAUCCUAUUGGUUAAUUGUUCUUAGCUUGCUCUUGUUUUAAUGUGUAGAUAAUGAAGGUGUGAUCAAUCUGAAGCUGACCAUCAAUCAUUUGAACACAAUCGUGACUAGUGUUACAUUAGUUUGAAACCACAUUUACAUAUAGUGUAUCAAAAAAUGCCUUGCUAUAGGUCCUAAAUGGUUAUCUUGAAUAUUUCAGUGUCUUGGAAAUGUGUGUGAGUGUGGUUUUUAACUUUACUACGAUGUAAGGAUGGUUUUUUAAAGAAAAUUCUAACAAAGAUGGAACAUGCAUUCUUCAGUCAUAUGAAGUUACAAAAUUAUUGGGGUCAGCCAUAUACUUUAAUAACUAGUGCUUUUGACAGCUUUGCAUGUCUGUAUAUACUGUGUACACAGUUAUACUCUAACAUAAGCAUUAAAAGGCUAUAGUUGCCAAUGGAUUUGGAGUAGAUGUCACUAAACUCCUAUUGAAAGAAGGAUAACUCUAGAUUUAAUCUAAAUUCAGGGGUGAAAGUAAGUUAGAGGACUUACCAGUAUGCCGGAGUCCUGAGCAGGGGGCGUGGCCUCAACUGGAAGGGGCGUGGCCUUAAGUCCCCGGGCCCUUUAAAUCUUGAUUUAAAGGGCCAGGGCUCCAGCUGCGGUAGUGGCGGCUGGGAGCCCAAGGCCCUUUAAAUCACCCCUGAGCUACCAGCUGCAGAGGUGGCUGGGAGCCCCGGGGCUCAGGGGAAUUUAAAGGGCCCAGGGCUCCAGCUGCCACUACCGCAAUGGAGCCCCAGGCCCUUUAAAUCACUGAGGAGCCCUGGGGUCUCCCGGCUGCCACCGCUACCCCGGGGCUCUGGGCUCUGGCAGAGCUUUAAAGGGCCUGGGGCUCCACUGUGGUAGCAGCUGCCAGAGCCCCAAACCCUUUAAAUCCCCACCUGAGCCCUGCUGUCCAAGCCCUGGGGUAGCGGUGGCCGGGCUCCAUCGGGGAUUUAAAGGGCCCCGGGGCUCCAGCUGCCACUACUGCCCAGGCCCUUUAAAUCUCCACCUGAGCCCCACCGCCGCUACCCCAGGGCUUCGGCAGCAGGGCUCAGGUGGGGAUUUAAAGGGCCCCAGGGCAGUAGUGGCAGCUGGAGCUCCAGGGCCCUGCCGCCACUACCCCAGGGCUUUAAAUUGCCCUCUGGGAAAGCUGGUCCUGGUACAGCGCACCGGCUCUUACUGGUACACCGUACCAGGGCGUACCAGCUUACUUUCACCUCUGUCUAAAUUAGACAUUAUCUGCUUGCAUUAAACAAACCAGUUUAAUUACGGUUGUCAGGUACUUCAUAUAAGCAGCAGAAGAGAGUAAAAUGUCCACCUGAUAAUACUGGAAUAAGAUGUGGCACAAAUGUUACAGGUAUUUGGAGAGGGACAAACUUUAUGCCUUAUAUGGAGUGAAAUGAAAAGUAGACCUAUGGGUUAUUAAAUAUAGACACUUAACCCAAAGAUUCCAUCAGUAUUUUAGAUCAUGCAACCUUUGCUCUCUUCCCCCCCACCCCUUUUUUUUUCUUCUUUUUCCUUUGGGGAGAGGAUGCAUCCAUUACAUUCCUCCCAAAACUUGGUUUAGUUUAUCUGUAGUCUGAACCAAGGAGAAAAGGCUAGACUGACUGUCUUCUGUAAUAGGUCCAUCUGCAGCUGAAACACCUUCUGCAGAACCUAUUCUGGUGGAUGGUGAGUACAGGUGGGCUUCCGAGCUGCUGAUACUGCCUCGAAUUGAUCAAGUGAUAGAUUAGGAAUGGCUCACAAACUGCUGGAUGGAAAACCUAUUUCCAGAUGAGGUCUUGCACCCCUCCCAAUUCUUUCCCAAUGAGAGAACAAAAUUGAGGUGGCCAUGACUGGAAGUGAUGAAAGGCAUAACAUUAUAAAUACAUUCUAACACUACUAGUCUUCCAGAAUUAAACAGUGCUAGGAGAGUAUAUAAAAGUGAAGAUGUAGGAGCUACAUUAACAGUGGCUAUUUCAUUGCUCAUGUGGCAUAAAAGCAGAAAAAUAUCUUACUUGAUGUUAAUUUUAUAGACUAGUGGGGGAGAGGGGAAAGUACAGAACAUUAAACAUCCUCUUCAAAAAAUAUUAAAAUCUUGCAUGAUCUUCUGGAAGAAAGCAUGCCUUGAAAGGCAAAGCUACCAAAUUUGAUAGUGUAGCUUCUUCUAGACAGCCACACUACAAAAUCAACCAUGAUAGAUAAUUCUUGGAAAUUUGAGUAAAUCAAGGAAUGAGUUCGGGGCGGGGAGACUAGUGAAGCUUUACUCUUCCUCUUUUGUUUCCAGUGCUUCAUCUGUGAUCACUGCUUUUCCUGCAUUUGCUGCUAAGGCAUAUAAAUGUUAGUCACAUUCAACAGUGUCUUCCAGCUGAAAUCAUGUGGAAAAGCCUCAGCACUAUAAAACGUGUAUAUGGGUGGCUUUAAUUUUUGUGUUUGGAUGAGACCAAUAAUGCUUAAGAAUUAUUUCAAACCUAUGAAAUGUUCUUUGAAAUAUGGCCAAAUGUUUCAAUUUUGCUGAUACAAAAACCUAAUGCCUUGUAGUAAUCUUGCAGUAUGAGUAGCACUGCAUAUAAUAUAUGCAGGCUGAACUCUUGUGGAGCGUAAUCUUCCUAAUCCUGUAGCAGUUAGCCUUCUGGUCCCCAAUUCUGUUCAAAUACUCCAUUUUUUUCUGGUUUUAGUUAGCAGUUUAACUGCCAUGUGUAUCUAUAAAUGUAGCACUAUCUACAUUGCUUUUGUGUGUACUCCUGUCAUCUUACUGGGAUAUAUCCCUAGAAGUGCUGGGAGGUCAUCUAGUCUAGCCCCCUGCACUUAGGCUGGAUCACAUCUAUAGACCAUUCCUGAAAGCUGUUUAGUCUAACCUGUUCUUUAAAACUUCCAGAGAUAUGGAACAUAGGUUUUGCUUUGAGUGAUUAUGUAUGAGUCUAAGUGCUUAAUGCCAGUUCAGAAUGUAGAUGAUUUUUGUUGGUGUUCUUACCUCUUCUUUUUUUAGUGAUGCAUAUCCAUAUAUAUACACAGUGAUAUUUUCCUCUGGGCUAGAAACUCUCAAUUAUUUAUCCAAGAAUAAUUUUGUAGAUUCACCAAUCUCGUAUUCCUAGAGUCUCUCUCAUUUGCUCACGGAGAUCUUAAUUUUGCUUCCGGUAUGAUACCUUUUCAUUUCCACUUUUCCUCUGCCCUUCUUUCAUCUCCUCCCCGCGCACACACACAUACAUAUGUGUACACACACACACACUUUUCAGCUCAGGAGACUCCUUGCUUUAAUUUUUCUCUUCCUAAAUAACUGCUUUCCUUCAGCUUUAAUUUUCCUAAAGUUAAAUGAAGGAAGAUGGAAUCUCCACCUCUCAGAAUUAAAAGGGUUUUGUAAUCCUUUAAUUUUUUAGUGGAGGGGAAGUGCAUGGCUCCCAAGCAUUAGAAUUGGAGCCUCCUUUUUUCAGUUGGCAAGUAAAAGCAAUUUUAGACUGCUCCUAAAAAGUGGGAGAUACUAAUCUUUUUUUUUUUUUUUUAUACUAUAUUACUGGAUAACUUUCUAGUGAUGAAAUCCUAUAUCUUUCAGGAUAUAAACUUUUUUGUUGCACAAAAGCUGUGCCUCUCAAUUCUUAAUAUUGGAAACCAUGCUAUAUUGUAUGAAAUAUAUACAGUACUUCAUCAGUGACUUUUUUUUUUGUUAAUUUUGUCUUGCAUAUUUAUGUUACUAGUUCUGUUUUGUGCCUGGAGUUCUUGGGCAGUUUUUUUGUUGUUGUUCUCUAGUAGUGUGUGAGUUGUAUGGCUUUUUAUACGGUUUUUGAACAGUAGUAAAACAUAUUGUUUGUUGUAAAAGUGGAGGCCUUGCACUGUCUCAGAUGCUGAUUCAUUAAUUUUGUUGAAACUGUGUUUCCGUAUGUAUCGGUCAAUAGACAGAUGUGUUGUAAACAAACCUGUGCCUUCUAGGUUUAACUUGUACACAGCAAACUUGAAAAUUCAAAAGGGACAUUUCAGUUAAGAUAAAUACUGUACAUCAGUCUAUGCAUAUAUGGCAGCUGCUUUCUGGAGCCACUUUCUCUACUUGUAGCAGUUCUUUUGAUAUCAAAGGUUGUCUGGCUCUUAGUUUGAAUAGGCAGUUUGAUACAAGCUGAACAACAACAAAAUACAGCACUUUGCCAAAAAGUAGCAUUGCUUAAACAAUGUGUAUUUAAUAACACAACUUCCUGUAUUUUGGUUUCAUGGUGCAUCUUGCACUUCAUGAAGAAACAUAUGAUCUUAACAAUCAAUAAAAAUUGGCCUGUUUAUUAAA